CUUGGACGGAGUUGGCGCGGCGUGCGGCAGAAUUCAUCUAGCAAAGAGAACCUACACGAAGCCAAUCACCCAACCGCCGUUCUUAACAUCACUCAAAAAGCCGUACCGCCCCUCCGUAUGCCCCCGCCGACGGCCGGCGGCAUCAACGAGCCGCAAGAGUGUCCCUACUGCCGCAGGACAUUCUCUUGUUACUAUUCCUUGAAACGACACUUCCAAGACAAGCACGAGCAGUCCGACACGCUGUACGUGUGCGAGUUCUGCCACCGGAGGUACCGGACCAAGAACUCGCUGACGACGCACAAGAGCCUGCAGCACCGCGGCUCCAGCGGCAUGCUGAAGCGGCUGCUGAAGACGUCGGCGCUGCACGGCGCGCUGCCGGCGCCGCACCACCUGUUCGAGCUCGGCGCCGAGCGCGCGCCGCUGCCGCCCGGCCUGCAAUGACCGCUGUCGGGCUAGCCGCGCUCCUAGUGUAAUCUUACGGUAGGAAAUAUUCACGUUAGCUUGUACGAGAACAGUAUUGGAGCACCGAGUCGGACGGUGUUCGGUAUGACGAUGUAAUUCAGAGCAAUACUAAAGUAUUAAUGUAUCUAGUACUGCCAAAAU